GCCAGCCCUCCUCGGGCCGCGCUCGUUCAGCCGCCGCCGCCGCCGUCGCCGCACGGAGCAGCCGCGCGCCAGGAGCCGCGGGCCGGGCCAGCCGGGCCGCCAGGGCCCAGUGCGCCGCGCUCGGUGCCGGUAGCGCCGCCAGCGCCGUCCGCGCUCGCUCGGUGGCCGCGGGGCCCGAGGCCGGUCCCGGGAGGGGGCGAGGGCGGCGCCCGGGUGCCCGCCGGCAGGGGAGGCAGGAUGAGCAUCGAGAUCCCGGCAGGACUGACUGAGCUGCUGCAGGGCUUCACGGUGGAGGUGCUGAGGCACCAACCCGCGGACCUGCUGGAGUUCGCGCUGCAGCACUUCACGCGCCUGCAGGAGGAGAACGAGCGCAAGGGUGCAGCGCGCUUCGGCCAUGAGGGCAGGACCUGGGGGGACGCGAGCGCCGCCGGCGGGGGCGGCACCCCCAGCAAGGGGGUCAAUUUUGCCGAGGAGCCUAUGCACACCGACUCGGAGAACGGAGAGGAGGAGGAGGAGGCCGCGGACGCAGGGGCGUUCAACGCUCCAGUAAACCGAUUCACAAGGCGUGCCUCAGUGUGUGCAGAAGCUUAUAAUCCUGAUGAAGAAGAAGAUGAUGCUGAGUCCAGGAUUAUACAUCCUAAAACUGACGAUCAAAGAAAUCGAUUGCAAGAGGCCUGCAAAGACAUCUUGCUGUUUAAGAACCUGGAUCCGGAGCAGAUGUCUCAAGUAUUAGAUGCCAUGUUUGAAAAAUUGGUCAAGGAAGGGGAACAUGUAAUUGAUCAAGGCGAUGAUGGCGAUAACUUUUACGUAAUCGAUAGAGGGACAUUUGAUAUUUAUGUGAAAUGCGACGGUGUUGGGAGGUGUGUUGGGAACUACGACAAUCGUGGGAGUUUCGGCGAGCUGGCCUUAAUGUACAACACGCCCAGAGCAGCAACGAUCACCGCUACCUCUCCUGGUGCUCUGUGGGGUUUGGACAGGGUAACCUUCAGGAGAAUAAUUGUAAAAAAUAAUGCCAAAAAGAGGAAAAUGUAUGAAAGCUUUAUCGAGUCACUGCCAUUCCUUAAAUCUUUGGAAGUUUCUGAACGCCUGAAAGUGGUGGAUGUAAUAGGCACCAAAGUGUACAACGAUGGAGAACAAAUCAUUGCUCAGGGAGAUUUGGCUGAUUCUUUUUUCAUUGUAGAAUCUGGAGAAGUCAAAAUUACCAUGAAAAGGAAGGGGAAGUCAGAAGUGGAGGAGAACGGUGCCGUGGAAAUUGCUCGGUGUUCCCGGGGACAGUACUUUGGAGAACUUGCCCUGGUAACGAACAAACCCCGAGCGGCUUCCGCACACGCCAUCGGGACCGUCAAAUGUUUAGCCAUGGAUGUGCAAGCAUUUGAAAGGCUUUUGGGACCUUGCAUGGAAAUUAUGAAAAGGAACAUCGCUACCUAUGAAGAACAAUUAGUUGCCCUAUUUGGAACAAACAUGGAUAUUGUUGAACCCACUGCAUGAAGCAAAAGUAUGGAGCAAAAAGACCUAUAGUGACACAGUUACACAGUAGUGGUUAGUCCACUGAGAAUGUGUUUGUGUAGAUGCCAAGCAUUUUCUGUGAUUUCAGGUUUUUUCCUUUUUUUACAUUGACAAUGUAUCGGUAAACAGAGUAGUGAUUUAAUAGUCAGUAGACUUUAACAUCACUUUCUAAAAGAGUAGAUCAAAAAAAUAUCAACAUACUGAUAAAAUGACUUUCUACUACUCCACACAAUUAUGAUUUGACUGAAAGGUUUAUUCAAUAAUUGUAAUAUAUUGAAAGUAUCUGUGUUUAAGAAUGCAAUUAAAGGAUGUUAUCAUAGGCAAUGUGUGUUCAUUUUGACGUACUUGGAUUGAUAGGUUAUGACUACGCCCAUGUAAGAGAGAACUUGGCAGUGAACCAUGCUAUACAGCAUGGCAUUACAUUCUUUUUACAACUCACUGUAUGUAGUAAGUACAAUUUAAUCAUUUUUGUUUUAGAGUUUUCCUGGCUUGAUAAGUUAUAUCCCGGCCUUGGCCUAUUGGUGAAAUGGUAUAAAACAUCAUAUGCAAUUUUAAAACCUUUUAUAUUUUUGCAAUAAAGUACAUUUUGACUUCUUUGGCAUAACGUCGGUAAUCUACAUAUUCCAGUGGUUUUAAGGACAGGCAGUUUAGUCAUGAUAAUAGCGAAGAGUCUUUUUAGAUGAGAGGUCAUUAUUUUCCUCAUAUACCUGCUUCCUUUUUUCAUUUUGUCAUUCUCUGUAUUCGUUAUCUUUAAAAAUUUGAGUUUGCCAUUUAAUGUGACCAGUAUUUUAAAAUGCUCUUUAAAUUUACUUGUCUUCUAAAAGCCUAAGAUCUUAUUACAUAUGAUGAGAAAAAUGUCUCCUAUAGCAAAAAUAUUUGGGGUCCUUAUCAACAUGCCUACAGGAUAUUUCUGGGUUCUCCGCUAAGCGUACAUAAUACAUUCCUUUGCAGACAUCUACCCCCGCGGGCUUCCAAGGUGGGAGAAAUAAAUGUUUGUAAGCAAAACAAUGUAUAAAUAUAAAUGGAAUUUCUCCCCAUUCCAGAUACAGUAUUAGGCCUUGCCAUUUGCGCUAAUGUAGACUCUCAGAAAUGCAGAGUGAACCCAAAUGCAUAGGUUUUUGUUGACAAUUGAUAUAAUUAUUCUGCUACAUCAAAUGAAUGUAAUGACAUUCAGCCAAAUCAGUAUACUCUUAUGUGAUUUCUAGGCCUACAUGACCCCAAUGUCGAGUGAGAUUAUUUCUAAUCCGUUGUUCACUUUUAAAUGAGCAAUUUCACUUUGGGAAUCUUUUCAAAGAAAUAUCUACAUGAGUAAAAAUAUUCUGAGGCUAGUGUGAUCUUAUGAGAGAAUGUUUAUGGUCUUGCUUGUGUAAUGAAGACGUUAAAAUAUGUUAAAACGGAUAAUGUCUAUAGAAGAAGCAUAUAAAGUAUACCUUCGGGCCACAUUUUAGAACACUUCAACAGUUUUCCAGACUUUCCCAUUACCUGGAAGUAGGAAGAGAGCCUACUAGGUGAAGAGGACUUGUUUUCUAUUUCAGGUUUUAAAAGCCAUGUCUGCUAAACAAGAAAAAAACUCAAAGAACCCCAUGUUCCUGGUUCAUUAUUCUGUAUUCUUAACUUUAUUCACUUUUUCAAGUUACCUAUUUCGUUGCAUAAGCUGAUUGUUAAUUACAAAUGCCUGUUUAAUAAAGAACUCUGACCAAGACUGUAAA